AUGGUGCGAUAUCGGAAUACUAAAAUGGGCUUCCCAAGACUAUACACAAUAUCGCUACAGAAAAAUCUCUGUAUCACACCUGACAGAGAAACGGAAGAUAGUAUGGUCUGGAAACACUCGGGCAGCAUGAUAUAUCCUACAAAAAACAUUGGAGCGGAAAUGCUCGAAGUCAGGGCGCCCAUUCUAUCCAAAGCCGUAUUCAAUCUUGUAUGGCAGAAGUUUAUCCCCCCUAGAGCACAGUUGUUGGUAUGGUUAGCUAAUCUGGAGAGACUUAAAACUGGUGAUUUUCUCUUACAAAAAGGAAUUAUUGAUACUCAACGGGCAACUUGCCCCUUCUGCAACAGAGAUACAGAAUCAAACUCUCAUAUCCUUCUUACAUGCAACUUCUCAUGGAGGUCCUGGAUGGAAAUACUGCAAUGGUGGGGCAUCUCUGCGGCUUUCCAGAAUCGAUGUAUAAACUUCAGUAUUGAGUGGUUGGGUCUCCUAAAAGGAAAAAAAUACCAAAAGCUGUGGGGUCUGGUGUUAGGUUGCGUUAUCUGGUCCAUCUGGUAUGAAAGGAACAAAAUCAAAUUCGAAAGAAGGCCCACAAAUCUGCAUAGGUUCCAGUACUCUCUGAAAAUCAAGAUAGGCAUAUGGGCAAAGGAAAUUCUAGGGCUAACUGUUCUACCUCCCCAUGGAGUAUCUGAUGGUGCUUGGUGUGUAAGGAGAUAUAGCACUGUUGUAGAAACCGCGUCUAGAAACGCGAAUCUUGGUGUAAUCCCAAUUUAUGAUGUAACUCCUGUAUUUGCAUAG